AACAUUCCACACAUGCGACGAAGCAACAGCUAGCUGCAACCUCACGUCUGUCAGCCACAAAGCGUAUUACCAUGCAGAAGUUUAGAAACGCCGAUUUCUCGCCCUGAUCAGGCUCAAAACAUCUUUCGACGAAACACGCGACGCCUUGGGGUAACCGCGGAUCAUGGCUGGCCUUUUUAUUUGUUAGUUAAUGGUUGUUAUUUGGAGCUUCAAAUGUGCAAAAAAAAAAGUCAGUGAGCUGUAGUCGACGUCGAACAAGAUGGCAGCAGUAGCAGUAGCAACAACACCGAUGCAGGGUUUGGCGGUGGCGUGGCUUCUCGCUUCUAGCCUUUUUGACGCGAUGACUCAUUUGGUUUACGAGUCUUACUGAAGGUAUGGCCUCACAAGUCUUGAUUCAGCCAUCACACCUGCACUCAGCUCAAACAAGUGCCUUAGGAACCAGUAACAGCAAGCACAAAGGGGAAGCCCACCGCAGUAAUAACACCACCAGAGCCUUUCCCAGACUACCCCCACCUAAAACUUAUGUGAUUGGAAUCAACUACGGAAUUGCCUACCCCAACAACGUAAUCCCAUCAACAGUUGAUGACUUUGAAAGACUACACAGGUCAACAGCAAUUAAACAAAGUGAGGAGAGGGGACCUCAUCUAUUGGGAUCGCGUACUGUGGAUGGGAGAGGAAAAGGCCUUGCUGGGAUUGAACAUCAGGGGUCUCUUUGUCACAACAAAGAACCACAGCAAAGGAGAAUAUUUAGAGAGGAAAGGGACAAAAACGAAGCCAGUGGGGGACAAGUAAACCUAGACUCAGGUGUGACCCAGAGAUGCAAACAGAAGAGAGGUGAAGUUGUAGAACUACGGCAGGAUAACAACUGUGUUGGAACCAUGCAGAUAGUGGAGGAGGUAUGUAAUCUACCUUCACUGCCCGCUUCUAAGACAGUGUUGCAAGCCAGUACCCGGAAUCAUGAUGUUGCUAGAAUAGGGGGUAAGGGGACCCUGCCUCCUCAAGACAAGGUUGGGGAAUUGACUGGCUUUGGGAAUGAAAUGAAAGGGACAAAAAUCAGGUCAAACAUCACUUCUGAGGUGAUGGCUACUGCAAACAGAUCAGGAACAGCAGAUGGUGACUAUCAGUUAGUUCAGCACGAGGUUCUCUGCUCAUUGAAGCACCGCUAUGAGGUUUUGGAGUUUCUCGGACGUGGCACCUUUGGUCAGGUGGUUAAGUGCUGGAAGAGGGGAACGAAUGAUGUGGUGGCUGUCAAAAUACUGAAGAACCACCCAUCAUAUGCACGUCAGGGACAAAUUGAGGUGGAGAUACUUGCCCGAUUGAGCAGUGAGAACGCAGAUGAACACAAUGUGGUGCGCGCUCUGGAAUGCUUUCAGCACCGCAGUCAUACCUGUUUGGUGUUUGAGAUGCUGGAGCAAAACCUCUAUGACUUCCUAAAGCAGAACAAGUUCAGCCCACUGCCACUCAAAAUCAUCAGGCCUAUACUGCUGCAGGUAGUAACAGCUUUAAAGAAACUGAAGUCGCUGGGUUUGAUUCAUGCUGACCUGAAACCAGAGAACAUCAUGCUAAUUGACCCGUCCAGCCAGCCAUACAGAGUUAAGGUUAUUGAUUUUGGCUCUGCCAGCCAUGUCUCAAAGGCCGUUUGCUCCACCUAUCUACAGUCCAGAUACUACAGAGCGCCAGAGAUUAUUUUGGGCCUGCCAUUUUGUGAAGCUAUUGAUAUGUGGUCAUUGGGAUGCGUUAUAGCUGAGCUCUUCCUAGGCUGGCCCCUUUACCCCGGUGCUUUGGAAUACGAUCAGAUCCGCUUCAUCUCUCAGACUCAAGGCCUACCUGCGGAGCACCUGCUCAACAAGGGCACCAAGACCUCCCGUUUCUUCUGUAAAGAGUCAGAAUCCUCUCACCCCUCUUGGAGACUUAAAACAACACAAGAGCAUGAGAAAGAGACAGGACUUAAAUCCAAAGAAGCCAGAAAAUAUAUUUUCAGCUGUCUGGAUGAUAUUGCACAAGUGAACUUCGUGUUGAGUCCCGACAACAGUGACGUGCAGGCAGAGAAAACCGACAGGAGAGAGUUUGUCUCCCUACUAAAGACCAUGCUGCUGAUAGAUGCAGAGGACCGAACUGUUCCCUCCAAUGUUCUCAGUCACCCUUUCCUCACGAUGACUCAUCUGUUGGAACACGCACAUAGUAACCAUGUGCAGUCAUCUUUUCGCAUAAUGGAUAUGUGUCAUGGCCGCCCCAACAGUACAGUUUUUGAUGCAUUGAACCACAACACCAUUCAUUUCUCAAGACCUCCUGUUGGUCCCACGGCUUCCUCUGGUCUCCCUCUGGGCUACAGCAACAUACCCGUUCACACUCAGCCUAUUACACAAUCAGCUUCUUCAGUGUUGCGUCCUGGGAUUGCGCUAACAGCGAGAAAUGGUCAGUUUGGAUGCAGUGACUCCUUCCCACCCAUUCUUCUUUGUCCACCCAGCAUUCAAGGUAACCUUAACCAAUCAGUCAGGUACUCAGUUCCUAUGGUACCUCAGGCUCCUCCUAUCCAGGCUCUCCAAGUGAGGCCUAGUGUAAUAACACAGCCAGCCUGGUCUAAUCGGGGUCAGCAGCUCCUGGUACAAGCAGCCUGGCCACAGAUGACUGCAGUCGGUGUGCCCACGACUCAUCCUGUCCCACCACCCACGUCUUCCCUAACCAGUGACACCUCAGUCUGCGCCCCAAGAAUCAGCGAGUGGGGGAAAGUGCGUUAUACUACCUUGAUGCAACAGCCGCUUCUGACCAAUCACAUGCCAGCUGUCUCUGCACAUCAGCCUCUCAACAUUGGCAUAGCGCAUGUUGUGUGGCCACAGUCAGCUAAUAAAAGAAACCGGCACCAUCACAACGGGAACCUGUCCCACCCAAUUAAUAUCCACACAACUCAGUGUCAAUCCACCAAAAUGGCCAAUGUUGUUGGUCAGGCAUUAUAUGGAAUCAGUAACCCUCAGAGAGAGGUACCUCUGGUGGAAACCCAGCAGCAGAAACAUCUAAAUUCAGAUCAGGAGGAAGAUGAUUUACAAGAGUGUGUGGGCUGUCUCAAAGAGGAUGUACCAAACCAAGAGCUGCAGCAAGAUAUCUCAUUUCUCAUGGGUGACACACCAAGCCCGACACCCAGCGUGAUCAGCAUCCACAGUGAACCAACAGAUGGUGAAGAAGUGGAGGAAGACAAACCACAAUUGUGCUGUCUAAAAGAGUGUAAAGAGCAGUGUGCAUGUGAGGUAUGCAGAAACACAAGUGUGACUAUGGAAAGAGUGUGUUCUCUUAGCAGUCCUGACAGCAGCCUCAGCACCAGUUCAUUUGCAUCCAACUCUCUGCACUCAAGCCCAUCGGCGUCACCCUGCAAAAGACCCAACAGUAUGUCUGAAGAUGAUGGUCACGAGAGUGGCUGUGAAACUGUAGAGGGCUCCCCUACAUCCAACACUUCGUCCCCCCACGGCAACAGUCCAUAUUGUUUCCUCGACAACAGCAACCACAACAGCCGCCCAAGUUUUGCUGCUGUGGUAGCUCCAUUGCCUUCCCUUGCAUUGCAGGGUAGCAUUCCUCGAGAGAUCAGGACAAUGGUGGUUCCACCAAUGAGAGUGCAAAACAACAACAGUCAAGGAGCACAGGAGCGUUUCCAGAGAACAGUCUCAGAGUCAUGGUCCCGAUCCAAAGGGCGCUGCAACAUUGCAGGACAACAGAGCACUCCCUCUUCUAUCCCCCUCCUCCAAUCUACACCUCUUAUGUCGUGGCAACAAAAGCUGCAGCAGCAGCACCCCCUGGGCCUUGGACAGGUGCCGCCAUUGGUUUCCAACCACAACAUCAAAGAAUGGAACGGCAACUAUGGGCCACUGCGACCUCAUGCCUUUAUCCCCCCUACUGUCCACACACACAGCUUCCCACACCUGCCACACAGCAGCCCCACGCACAAUUUAGGUGCCCACCCAACGCACACCCUGUUGUCUUACCCUCCCAGUGGACCCCUUACCACAGCCCCGCACCCUAUGUUGACCUCUCAUCCUCCUCUACUUCAGCACAGCUACAGCCUCUCCCACGCCCAAGGGGGCGCUGUAGUUCACCAGGUGACCAUGGGCCUCAGCAGCCACUCUCAUCAUCCUGGCUAUCACAGGCUCCUCCCCUCACCGACAGUCCACCCGCAUUCACAGCCUGGCUACACCCGUCACCCCCGCCAGUUCAAUACUGCCUUCCCCCCGCCACCGCCCCCUCCUCACCCAUACAUGCCCUCACCGGCCACCUACACGGGCUUCCCUCUGAGUCCCACCAAACUCGCCCACCGCCCUCAGUUCACUUACAUUUGAGGAGCGGAGCAGGGCUGCAGCAGCACCCGCGGGUCACCCCAUGAGUCACAAAGGCAAACGGGAAAUACGGUGGGGCUGCGACAUGGGGCAAGUCGAGCUUGCAGCAGGGCGCAAAACAAACACUUGUGAUCAGGAGAGGAAAAUGAGUUUGGCAAGAGGGUGAACUCAUGUUCAAUUGGUUUUGGAGGAUGGUUAAGUUCAAUGCCUCUCGAAUCUGAAGGUUAAUAAAGCGGUGGUUGUGUUAAUCUGCCGCCGGGUGAAUAAUAUAAAGCUUUAUCGAGAGGGCACGAGACGAAACCUAUUUCACAAUAUUUAAGGCUGUGUCCUUUGCACAUACCUUCUGUCACGUGUUAUUUGCGCAUCUGUCACGCGCUACUUUUCCCUUCAUCUCGGUUGCCUUGUAGCAUGCGCGGAUGUCAAAGCCAUGCUUGGAUUUGAAGGCUGUCUUUUGUUUGCUGCUGCUGCCAGUGCCUUAACAGCAGAGUCCAAGAUGUAUAUAGUGCAUUCAAUGAGGCUUGCAGAACUUAUUCAGACUCUGAAUAUGAUAGGCUUUUUUGGGAGUAUGGGGAUUCUUUAAUAUGUUUAAAUAUUAUUCCAUUUCAAUUUGCUUGCUAACUCAGAGUAAGGAUUUACUAAAGCUACAGGCUGAACAUUUAGGGCUUUGACUGAAUGAUUUUUGUAUGUGUAUAAAGAGUGAUUUGAUAUUUUGAUAAUCAAUUUCUACUCACUAUAGUACUUAAUGCAUAACAGUAUUGUCACUGUUUACUGUAACUGCAAUACAAUCUAGAUAGCCUCUGGGUUGCUGUGUGUGUGUGUGUGUGUGUGUUGUGUGUGUUUAGUUUGAUUUGCAGUUUUUAGAUGUUUGGGAGUGGCGUAUUUGAAAUCUAGUAAUUUGCAGUAUCCUUGCUGGGCUGUUUCGUGUUAAAGGUGUAUCGGUAAAUGUUUUUGUCUAAACUGUCCUAGAUUGAAGCCCGUCAGUUUUGUUACAUUCCUUCAGGGUGAAUUAUGCAUAGCCUUGCUAUUCUUGUGAUUUAAUUUUUUUUGUCAUUUUCAAUUUUUGUGCGGAGUAGUGUUCAGCGGGUCUUUUACGGCAAUCGGCACCAAAGACAUUGUUCAUCAAUCAUUUUUCUGAGGCACAGUCGCUGUUUGUUCUUUCACCUCCAGCAAACUGUUGCAGUUUGACAUUGAAAUAAAUAUUGUCAGAGAUCUAUUUUAGAAAUGUGGUUUUAUUUUUCUGAGCUAUAUUUGGCAAAUUGUAUUUGGAAUGUAUCGAUAUUAAGCUGCUAUGUACUGAUUAUCUGCCACUUUGUAGCUGUGAAUUUAAUUAUUUAAGCCUGCAAUUCUCUUUGUAUUGUAGUUCUGGUGACUAGAAGUGGCUUUUACUUUGCUCAUAGGGUAUGAACGCUAUCCUACAUGCUAGUGCCUCUGUAUUUUGGCUACAUUGUUUUGAAGUGAUUUAUAAACUGCUGUAACGGAAAUAGAGCAUUUUUUUGUUUUUGUUUUUUUGUGUGUGUGUGUGUGCCUUUUAGCAUCAGUAUUUCAUCUUGAAAUGUAGGCUGAGAUUAACUCUUCGAUUGUGUAACCAGUGUGGUGUUCACUUAUUUUUGUUCGAGCUUGUAUUGUGACAUGGCUUUUUUCCCCACAUCGGGCUGUAUAUGCGACUCUUUGUACUGUACGACUAGUGCCUUUCUCCAAACUGGCUGACGGAGGAUGUCUCAUCGAUGUCAUGCGAAUUGCAAACGUGUGUUGUAGUUCCUUCGUAGAGGAUAGACCCCUUACUUCGACAUCAACAGUUUGAAAACCAUAUUUUUUUUUUUUUUUUUUUACACAGAAUCCUAAGAAAGUACAAGUCAGGGAAUGUUUAUUGCGCUCACCAAGAACACCGCACACGACUCAAAAACGUAGGCCCUGAGUUUAGACAAAUGCAAAGCUUUACUCUCACACCUGAAUGUAUUUGUAGAAACAGCGAAAUCUGUUCGAUAAGAUGCUUGAUCAACGUUCUCUCAGUUUGUGAUCAGAGCACAUACUAUAGUUCUUGUAUGCAUAUUUUUACCAUAGGUAGGCAUCAUGUGUUGUUGUCAGGGGUUCUUCCAAAAUGCUUUAUCCAUGAAUCAAAGUUAGAUUCCCUCAUCUAUUUAUUGUAAUGGUUUUGCUAUGUCGCCUAUAUAAUAUGUAUUUUAUGUAUAAUUUGCUCCUGUGUUAACAAUCCUAAAACAAAUGAGCGGUUGCUCUGUUCAAAGCGCGGCCUUAAGUUUGAAUUUAGCGUGCGUGUGUAAUUGUGCCUGUGUGUCGUGGAACAGACGUCUUCAUUCACAUAGGAAAUAAUUUUGUUCCUCCUUUGCUGUCUCUUAUUCAGUAUCAUAAUUAUAUCGAUUGUUUGUGUCAGAUCAACACCAUCACAUGAGAUGAAAACACGAACCACCUCAGUGAUGUCCCAUAAUCCCUUCCCACUUUGGCUGGCCUAUUUAGCCUGCAGCCUCACAUUGACUUUUGCAUCAUCAAAGGCACCAGAGGUUCAAACAGUUCCCGCAGGCACAUGGAGCCCAGCACCCUUACGUAUCAAAUUAGGGUAAAUGUCUUAAAUAACAAUAUGUUUUAGUCCCAGAUAUAUCUGCUUCUUCUGUCUAAGUUAGUAGUUCUCACUCAAUAUAAAUGUUGUGUGAAGAUUUCUUAUUUGGGUACCGAGCUACAUAAAUGUCCAGUUAAGUCCCAGACUCAUUUAAAGUAUAAUUAUUACCACAGUUCUCUAAUUAUUUGGUUGAUGUUGUUGUAUUUGGGAGUCAAUUUUGUAGACACGAUUGGUAAGUCAAACCCAUUACUGUUGAAAAUAAGUGUACAUUUGUGUUGUUUUUAUGAUUUUGUGUUCUUGAGUGCUACACUAGUUUGACAUGUAGCAACUGCACUGUGCAAUAUACAACAUUAUGAGGACUGGGGAAAUAAUUACUGUUUGGCUGUCACGCGUGUCAUGUGUGCGAUACUUUCCCCCCUCUCGUUCUGAGUUUGAGUGUAACCAGACCUUAUUAUGUACUUGGUCACAAAAAGCGGGUUCCUUCUUGGUGACUUAUUAGUGAGUGUCAAACUAUUAAUUGAUGUCAACGUUCACUUUGAAAUAAUAAUAAAAAAAAAUCUUUUGCUUCAA